GAGCGGUCAACAUAUCAACUAGACUUAUCAACUGUACCUUUACACAAAUAGGCAUUUUCACGCGCGUCUCCUUUAACAUUAAUUUAAACAAAUAACGGGAGUGUCCUUCGUUCCUCCUCGUGGUUAGUUCACUUUGCUACAACUUCCACAGAGCAAAGUUCGUCUUCGAGCAAACCAGGACGUCUUGCUGCUGUCAAUCGACCUGACUUCCACAAUCACACUGGGUGCACCACAUUGGUCUUUUGUCAUGACGAGGUCUUCAACAUCAAUGGCAGCUGAGCAAUCACACUACCAGACUAUUUCCUUGUCUCAUACUUGGACACGUUUUGAAGGCCAUCAUGACUCUAGGUGAAACAUAGCCAGGAAUCUCGUGAAAUCGGAACUGGAACCAAAGUUCAAAGGAGUCAUGAUGUUUCUCAAAAUGCCUAGAUUCAAAAAAUACCAACUACGGCUAAUGUCACUGUGCUUUAGUACCUUACUGGUCAUGGCAUACUGGGAAAAAAUUGACAAUAACAUUGUAACCCAUGUAAUGUCUUUCUCAUACCGCUACCUUCUCAAUAGCUUCACGUUCAUUAACGCAAGCUUUAGAGUCAAUCCUGAAGACACUAUGAAGUACAGCAAUCGCAGAUACCUCAUAAACCACGAGAGGAAGUGUGACGAAAAGGAUAUUCUGCUCCUGCUCUUUGUGAAAAGCUCUUCUGAGAACUUUGAGAGAAGACAGGCCAUUCGUUCUACUUGGGGUAAUGAAACGUACGUUGAAAGGACGCUGGGUGUUACUAUAAGGGUGCUGUUUGCUCUUGGCCUCCAUCCUGAACCAGCGUACAGAAGCAAACUUAAGAUGCAACUGUUCUUUGAGGACCAAAGAUAUCAUGACCUCAUCCAGCAGGACUUCAUAGACACCUUCCACAAUCUUACUCUGAAGCUACUUUUGCAGCUUGGCUGGAAAGAAGCCUACUGCCACCAUGCCCAGUUCCUCAUGUCUGCAGACGAUGAUGUGUUUGUCCACAUUCACAACUUAAUUCACUACUUGCAAGGGAUCGGCCGCAAUAACAGCAAAGGCCUUUGGAUAGGAAGGGUGCACCGUGGUUCGCCACCCGUCCGAGAUAAAGAGAGCAAGUACUACAUGUCCCGAGACAUGUACCCCUGGUUGGCUUACCCAGAUUACACCCCUGGAUCUGGGUAUGUCCUCUCUAGAGAUGUAGCUACCAAAAUCUAUAAAGCGUCACUCACCAUAAACCCUUCCUUUCACAUCGAUGAUGUCUUUCUCGGAAUCUGUGCUAAAGUGAUGGACAUUGCUCCCCAGGAUCAUUUGUUCUUCUCGGGAGAAGGAAAAGCUCCUUAUCAUCGUUGUAUCUACAACCAGAUGAUGACCUCACAUGGACACGUCAGCGAUAUUCGCGAAAUGUGGAUGCGCGUAACAGAGGCUGAAGUUGGUCAGAUGCCCUCAGGACUGAUUUGGAGCCUCUACUGUACUGUCAUGAAAGUGAGGCUCCUAUGUGUACCAUUUAUUUCAAACUCUUACCCAUGUAAGGCAGCUUUUUUUGAACAUACCAGUUAUUAAAAGUGAAAAAAAAGAA